AUGGCUGACAAGGAAAAUCCACAACUCACACAAGCUGAGCUCCUGGCCCAAAUCGCUGAACUUCAGGCGGAAGUACGGAGAAUAGCCGAGCUAUCCACGCAGAACAAUGGAGAAAGCUCCAAAAGCUUGGCUCAGGGCAACACAGACCCCUUGAGCGUUACUCCUCCAAAGGAGAAGCUCACCCUCGACAACUCCUUCUUCGAGGAGAUCACAAAGUACCAGAUGCCAAAAAACUUUGCACUGCCCUCCGCGCUUGAACCCUACAAGGGGUUCGGAGAUCCCCGAGCUCAUGUAAAGAAGUUCCAAUCCAUGAUGUUCUUCAACGGUGCUAACAAUGAGCCCGUCCUCUACCGAGCGUUUCCCACUUACCUCGAUGGUGCUGCGUUACUCUGGUUCUCUAAGUUGUCUGCAGGUUCAAUCUCUUCCUUUGAGGACCUGGCAAGGUCGUUCAUUGAUUACUUUGCUGCGUCAAGAAUAUAUGUGCACGGAUCAGAUUACCUCGGCACCAUCAAGCAAGGCCAACACAAGAGCUUAAAAGACUACAUGACCAGGUUUGCCGAGGCUACUAUGGAGAUCCAAGACUUGGAUACGGCUGUCCACUUACAUGCCCUCAAAGCUGGCCUCAGACCUGGCAAGUUCCGGGAGACUAUUGCGAUAACAAAACCAAAAACACUAGAAGAGUUUCGAGAAAGGGCUACAGGCCAAAUGGAGAUUGAAGAACUCCGUGAGGCCCAAAAAUCGGACAAACAACCACAUCGGAGAGAUGAAGAAAAAGCUUUUAGAUCACCAGGAAACAAGGAUACAAAGAAGCCUUUCAAGCUCACACCAAAAUACAACACGUACACCAGAUUCAAUACAAAGAGAGAAAACAUCAUCAAAGAAAUUCUCAACGCCAAAAUCGUAAAGCCGCCAGCUCGAGCAGGGAACUACCAGGACCAAAGGUUCGUGGAUAGGAGCAAGCAUUGCACCUUCCAUCAGAAGUUCGGCCACACCACGGACGACUGCAUUGUCGUGAAAGACCUCCUAGAGAGACUAGCGCGCCAAGGGCUUCUGGACAAAUAUGUCGAGAGCCGGAAAGCCAGAAGAGCAAACUCGAAUAGGGAGGAGAGCAAACAAACAGUGACAGACAAAAAAGAACAGACAACUCCUGAUCCACCAAGAGGAAUCAUUAGCCACAUAUCAGGAGGGUUCGCAGGCGGAGGUGAAACGAGCUCGGCCAGAAAGCGAAGCUACAGGGCGAUGCUGGCAAUCGAGGGAACACUACAGCCAAGGAAGGACAAGGACCCAGACGUCACGAUAUCCUUCAACCAAGCGGACUUCAGAUCGGCAAGCCCUAAACUCGACGACCCAGUGGUGAUUUCCAUCCAGGUCGGAGAGCUGUUGGUAAGGAAAACACUACUGGACCCAGGUAGUAGCACUGAUGUUUUGUUUUAUUCUACCUUUAAAAAGAUGAAGUUAUCAAAAAAACUGAUACAGCUCUCCUCGGGAGAGCUAAUUGAGUUCUCCGGAGAAAGAGUCCCCAUCAUGGGACAUAUAUGGCUGAGGACCACAAUGGGAGAGAUCCCUAUGUCGAAGUCCAUUGAUAUUCAAUACCUAAUAGUAGACUGUUAUAUCCCUUAUAAUAUUAUAAUUGGGAGACCCGCCUUGAAUAUAUUCAAAGCGGUAGUGUCCACAUUACACCUGUGUGUCAAGUUCCCAGUGCUGGAAAACAAGAUAGCUACAGUAUACGCCGAUCACCAGGAAGCUUGGCAGUGCUACAAUGCCUGUCUAAAGCAAGCCCAGACGAGGGAGACAGCUCGGCCGAAGCCACGAUGUUAG